UUAUUUUUUCCUCUCAUGUUUCUUUAUCCUUCAAAUCCAUGGCCAUACAUCCAAAGAGGGAGGUUCUUCCCGGCAUGCUCCACAAUCAUUAGUAGAUGAUCAGAUCAGCAUCACAAGAGAACAGUUCCUAUCUCUUUUCUGCGGAUACAUACACCAUCUAGUAACAUACUCUUUGCUUUCUCCUCCAUUCUUUUCCAUGUUGGCGUCCACUUAAAUCUUCCACAAAGCCAGCCCUCAGCCCUUUCCUUCUUUUCUCCUGGCCUUUAUUAUUUUCCUAUCCUCUCCCCCUCGAACGUCCGGCACUAUCCUCUGUAUACAAGUUUCGAAAGCAAGUGACGCUUUCGCCCAUUCCAUUCCUUGCACUCCACCCAUGCUCCCCUCGCCCCGUCCAAGUCCAACAAGUGCAGAAGUGCUCGCCACUGCUCCACCACCACCACCGUAUCUCCGUUCUGCAAUGGCGACCGCCACGCCGGCGGGGACGACGGCGAUACCGUUGCCGGAAUACCAGGUGUCCGGCGGGGCGGCCGCGGCCCACCAGCGGGGCUCCGUCGGCCCGUUCGUCGGGGUGCUCGCGGCCGUGCUGCUGCUCACCGCCCUGUCCUGCUUCUUCGGCCGGGUGUGCGCGGCGCACGCGCAGGGGCCUGACGAGUGGUACGACUGCACCAGGCUCGCCGGCCGCCGGCGAUGCUGGUGGUGGCGGGCGCCUCGGCGGCCGGUCAGGCCGGCCGAGGAGGAGGCCAAGCCGCCGCCGGCGAUGCCGUUGCCUGAGCCGUGAAUGAUCGGUCCGCCUCAGUCUCCCGCUCUUCUCUUUGCUGCUGUUUGCAGACUUUCCUACCAUGUUUGUUCAGUGAGAGGAGACGUUCCCACCAACAAUGAGGCAUCUAUGAUGAUUUUGUCAAUCUCAAGAUGUUGUGUUCGACUCGAUAUCUUGGAGGUGCUCAUAGGGAUAGCCUAUGGUGACUUUGCCAAUUCAAGAUGUUGUGUUUGGCUCGGUAUCUUGGAGGUGCUCGCAGGGGCAGCCUAUGGUGACUUCGUCAAUCUUAAGAUGUUGUGUUCAGCUCGGUAUCUUGGAGGUGCUCGUAGGGGUAGCCUAUGGUGACUUCGUCAAUCUCAAGAUGUUGUGUUCGGCUUGAUAUCUUGAAGGUGCUCGUAGGGGUAGCCUAUGGUGACUUCGUAAAUUUCAAGAUGUUGUGUUCGGCUCGGUAUCUUGGAGGUGCUUGUAGGGGUAGCCUAUGGUGACUUUGUCAAUUUCAAGAAGUUGUGUU